GUAUUAUUUCUUUUCUUUUACACACAUAUAGUACUUGUUCACAUUGUUUUCACAGUGUUUGCCCCUUCAAUGACAGAGCAGAUCAGUGAGGCUCUUAUUUUGAAAAGCAUCAUGCUGAAUAAGACUUCAGCACGAGGCAGCAUGCAGAAACAGUUUCUUUCCUGCUCCUGUUUGGUGUGUGAUACUCAUCUCUGGCUCUGGCUCACUGUGGCUAGUUUCAGCUGCCUUAGAUUAUCACCCUGAAGUCAAAUAUGCCCUUUUCGCCCAGUGUGUCCCCUGAUUACUACAUGCUCACACACUGUCACUCACAGAAAACUUUCACAAGGUCAGCUCUGUGGAUGUUUUUUAUAACCCCUCACUAGAUUAGCCUCACAUUAGCCUCUAAACCACAUUAAUGAGACACUUUUGAAAGGCUUACAUGCUUGUUAAACCGAAACUUCAGGGUUCAGGGAACGUAAUUUAUCUGUCUAUUACUUCAGACUACACUGGAUCAUUUCAAAUCCAUUCAAAGGGAGAACAAACAACAUGCUAAUUCUUUUGUUAAGUUUUAUUUGAAGUUAUCUUUACUUUGUGUUGUGAACAUGCGGAAAAUGUAAUUAUUACAAACUAAAAUCAACAUAAUAACGUAUUAACACAACCCCUUUCUUUUCGCUUUAAACUCUAUAAGCAAUAAAAUGUUUACUCUUUCAUACAGUAUUUAUAAUAUAUUAAUAUGGUCUUGACAUGCACAUUUUCGGUUGGUUCAAAUGAAUUCAGAGUACAAAUUUGGUCUGGUGUAUUCAGAGUUUACACAUUCGCCUUAGCAUCAAUAAAUAACAAAGCUUCUCUGCCUCUUUUAAAUAAGCAGAACCAAAUCUGCUAUCAACUGCAUUAAAAUAUACAGUAUAUAACACAAUUACAUUUGUGGACAAAUGUAAACACAUUUGAUACUAUUCCACAGAAUUCUGCAGAUUUUUCCCAAAUUUUAGUGCAGAAUUUACAUGAAAAGUCUGCAGAUUCCGUAUUACCUUGUUAUGAGGAAAACAACUUGAAAAAAACUUUAUGUGAGCAAAACGUAUGAGAGGGAAGAUGUACAUACAACAGGAUAACUAAAAGUACGUCAUUUAAAAAUGUAAGUUCAUGUUAUGUGGCUCUUAAAAAAUAAUCUGGUGCCUGUGUUUUUCCUCUAUCGGAGCCAAUGGCUCCUUAAUUGAUUUUUUGUGUGGAGCCCUGGCAUGGGUGAGAUGAGGCUAAUAUAUUCACUGCGAGUCAGCAAACUUUAUAGCUGAAUUGUUGUUUGACCUAAAGACAACAUUGUAGUCAUUUUACAUUGUGUGGAUUUUUUUAUUAUUGUUUUGCCCUUAUUUAUUACGAGAAUGUGAGUUUGUCCCUAUUGAACUUUACUUAAAAAUUCACCUUUUGUGUACCGUGUAAGAAAAUAGUAUAAGACUUUCUGUCAUGGUUCUGCCCCAUCUUGUCUUGCUUUUCUUGAGCUAGUGGCAGAACCAUGACAGAACCUCUUGUUUCAUGUGGAGAGGGGAAUUUUGGCACUGAUUGCCUUCCAUACUCUCCAGGUCUCGUCAUUGUUCCUGCCCUCUUGUUUCCUCGUUAGUGAUAAUUAUUAUUUCAUGCCCCGCACAUGUCGCCUCUUGAUUUGAUCCCUUAUUUAAUGCCCCUUUGUCCUCUGUCUUGUGCUGGAUCAUUGUACUGUUGUGUCGUAUUUAUGGCAUUGUGGUGAGUUCCUGUUCUGUAGUCAGUUUAGUUUAUUGUGGUUAUGUCAAGUUUUGUUAUUAUUUCUAGUCUAGUUAGUCCCUGUUCUCGUUGCUAUGUUUUGUUAUGUUCCCCAUCGUGGGUUAUUGUUUUGUCCUUGUUUUAUUAUUAUUAAAGUCCUGUUUAACCCCUUACCUCCCGUUCCCGUCUGCACUUGGGUCCUUUGUCCGUGUCUCACCCCGAGAACCAUGACACUUUCCUGUCUUAGUAUAAAUAUAGUAUAAAAAGCCUUUCUGUAGCUCAGUGGUAAGAGUAUGGCACUAGCAAUGCCAAGGUCAUGAGUUCGAUCCUAGGGAUUGCACAUACUCUGUGUAUAGUAUAAUGCAAUGUAAGUCACUAAAAGCGUCUGCCAAAUGCAUAAAUGUAAAUGUAAGAAUGUGCAAAUAAUCAGAGAUUUUGAUUGAACUCUUCUUUUAAACAAGUGUGUUUGUGUUUGUAUUUGUAUUUUUUAUCUAUUUUUCUUGGAGGGAUUGGUGUUUCUCUCUCUCCUAUGUGUAUUUAUGAGUGUGUGUGAGUCAGAGGGUCAGGGCCGCUGAUCUCAUAAGCUUGUCUCCUCCUGGCGUGAGCAUGUUCUCAGACCGUAGGCUCUGUCACGACCCUUACACUGCAUCCAUCCAGCCCUGCAAUCAUCUGCUUUCAUCUGAACAUUGCUCAUUUUCACAUUUACCUCCUCCACUGGCCUCGUGCCUCUUUUUUCACUGUUGAUCAAACCCUCAAGACACACAAGCAAAAUAUCUCCGCAGCAUUUAAACCACUGGUGUCACCAAACAGAACCAAAAGUCUUCAUGAUGUUUUUUGGUCUCUAGAUAUGGCUUGUUUUCCUAAUAUUCCAUGUAAGGUUAGUUUAAUACUGGUAGAAAUCCAUGGCAAUUGUAAGUAGUUGUGUUGGAGCAAGAUUGAGACCCUUCACGAGCAGUGAGUCUGUGGGUUAGUGGUUUGUUGCACAACAUUGCACAAACAGAAAGUGCAAGAAAACUCUACAUGUCAUAGUGUUCAUGAUAUAAAGGGUUUAAACCAAGCUUUCUUGCAGGUCAGACGGGUCAGAUUUGCUAGUUUUAGUGCCAUCUUGCCAGCCAGAUAAAGACCAUCUUCACAGUUCAGAUUGUCUAAAUUUUGACGUUUUUCAGCGGGGUAGCUAUUUACUUUGAUUGACACAUUAUGUUAGUCCUUUGUUUCUCUUUAGAUUGCAUUUUACUGAUGUUUUUGCUAAAUUGUAUUCUUAGCUCAGUAUUAGUUUAGACCUUUUUUUUUGUUUUACCAAGAAUGCAAAUUAAUGGCAUGAUAAUAUCAAUACAGUUUCAUGACAUUAAAUAUUGCUAUAUUUUAAAGUCCUUCAUAUAAAAUAUUAUUUUCCUGCAAAAAUAAUGUUAAAUGAUAAUUAUGAAAUGUUGAAAUAAAAAUGGAAUUUAAAAUUUUGUUUUUUGUGUGUGUGAGGACACAUAGUGCAAAUACAGCAUUAGAAGGUUAAAUAUUGCAAUAUUUUAACAAAAACAAUUGAUUUUUUUCCUAUGCUGUUUGAGCAUAAAGAACAUCAUGUCAUUUUUUUAAAAGGGCUUAUAAUAGCUGCCAAGAUGUGAGACUGAUAUUUGUGGCCGGGGUUUUCAAUUAAAGUUCGAAGAGGUCCGGUCUUUAUAUUUUAUUCCAAACGGAGGUCCAGACAAUUUGUUUUUUGAAAAUAAAUAAAUAUUUAAUCAAUUUAGCCCAGUUGGAUAUAUAUAAAAGAUAUGAUCUUUUAUCAGACCAGUAUGUAUCAGUAUGUAAUGUAGGCUCUGUGGCUUUAGGGGAAUGCCCUCUUAAUAGAAGUCUUAUAAUUCAUAUUUGUAAAUAAAAAAAACUACUGACAACAUACAAACAGCAAAUGUAAUGUAACAAUUAAAAUGUUCUCAUCAUAAACAGAAAGCACAUUUACGUACUAAAUUAGCCUUUCCAUGUCAUUCAUACCAGAACUACUUCUAUCUUUAAAUAAUUUCCCAAUUUAGAAUGUUGUUCAUUACAAAAUGUGACCCUGCUUGUGAAAACCCAGCAAAAGUAUUUUUACUGUUUUCUACAUAAAAUAUGUAGUCUGUGAAAAUAUAACAACAAUAUCUUCAAUAGUGACUGAAUAAUGCCAUUUUAAAGAUUGAAAUCUUACUGAAAUUAAUGCUUGAAAUUAAUCUUUGAUGCUUGUUAUCUAAUAAUUAAUUUGAUUAUGAGCCUGGGUUUUCACAGGGUCACAAAUGUUUACAUGCUGAUCAAUAAUACUAAUGCUAAAUGUAAAUAAAAACGUUAUGGUUGAUAAAAUAUCACAAAUCUGGUCGAAGGUUGGAGACAUAUAGUAAACAGACUGACAGAAACAAAUACUUUAAUAUUACUGGAUUUUGUUUACUGUUGUGUGUCUAUUUACCUGCUCUGCAUGUCUUCACUACUGUUGUUAAAAUAAGCACGUGUCUGCUGCUAUUCAUGCGGCGUGUCUUUGGCGGGAGAGAAGCAGCGCACAUGGAGUAGAAAGGGUUAAAAUGAAGCACGUUUAGCGCUAGAUAAAGAUAUUAGAGGAUAUAGUGGCAAAAGAUCAAUUACAUAAAUGACUGGACUAUAUCAUAUAUGCGGCUUUGAUGUUCACAUGUGGACCAAAUAGAAAAGAAAUGAUCUGCUGUCUCCAUUGAUUCUCGAUGUUUUCCUCCUUCAGAGUCUCUGAACAUACUGUUAUGUUCAUUACUGCACUCCAGUGUGGCUUUAGAUGGAUCACCUUUCAAGUCAUUAGUGAGAUCUGUUUAUAUUGAGCCCUUUAAAACACACUUUCACUUACUCCUGGUAACAUAGUGUUCUUUUACAGGCUCCUUAAAAUAAUAAGAACAUGUGAUAAAUGAUCUCUCUCCUUACUGUCUCAACCUUCCUGCUGUUGCGUUGGCUAGUAUUUGUCUUUGUGUCACACAGUAAAGCUGCUAAAGCUAUUAUUCUUGUGUUGUGUGACUGAUAUUAAUAGCAAUACAGACAGCAGCAGGUCUGUACAUUUCAACUUCAAAACCUAAAGCACAAUUGUGUUCUGUUGUGUUCACAUGGAAACUCAUGAAGAUGGAUAUUUUGACAUUUCAUUUUUGGGGUAUUUAUUUACACUGACCAAAAUUAUAAACGCAACACCUUUCUUUUUGCCCCCAUUUUUCAUGAGCUGAACUCAAAGAUCUAAGACUUUUUCUAUGUACACAAAAGGCCUAUUUCUCUCAAGUAUUGUUCAUAAAUCUGUCUAAAUCUGUGUUAGUGAGCACUUCUCCUUUGCCGAGAUAAUCCAUCCACCUCACAGGUGUGGCAUAUCAAGAUGCUGAUUAGACAGCAUGAUUAUUGCACAGGUGUGCCUUAGGCUGGCCACAAUAAAAGGCCACUCUAAAAUGUGCAGUUUUAUCACACAGCACAAUGCCAAAGAUGUAGCAAGUUUUGAGCGUGCAAUUGGCAUGCUGACUGCAGGAAUGUCCACCAGAGCUGUUGCCCGUGAAGUGAAUGUUCAUUUCUCUACCAUAAACCAUCUCCAAAGGCGUUUCAGAGAAUUUGGCAGUACAUCCAACCGGCCUCACAACCGUAGAUUAAGUGUAACCACAUCAGCCCAGGAUCUCCACAUCCAGCAUCUUCACCUCCAAGAUCGUCUGAGACCAGCCACCCGGACAGCUGCUGCAACAAUCGGUUUUGAAUGCACAGAGAUACCGUGACGAGAUCCUGAGGUCCAUUGUUGUGCCAUUCAUCCACAACCAUCACCUCAUGUUGCAGCAUGAUAAUGCACGGCCCCAUGUUGCAAGGAUCUGUACACAAUUCCUGGAAGCUGAAAACAUCCCAGUUCUUACAUGGCCAGCAUACUCACCGGACAUGUCACCCAUUGAGCAUGUUUGGGAUGCUCUGGAUCAGCGUAUACGACAGCGUGUUCCAGUUCCUGCCAAUAUCCAGCAACUUUGCACAGCCAUUGAAGAGGAGUGGACCAACAUUCCACAGGCCACAAUCAACAACAUGAUCAACUCUAUGCGAAGGAGACGUGUUGCACUGCGUGAGGCAAUUGGUGGUCACACCAGAUACUGACUGGUUUUCGGACCAGUGUGCCUUAAGGGCGAUUUUUACUUCUGCGUAGGACCUACGCCGUAACCUACAGCAUAGCCUACGUACGUAGACGAUGCCGUCGUGAACAUUUAUGGUUGCAAUUACACCGCUGAAACGCUAGUUGGCUCUAUGUGUUUUCAUGGGUUUGCUCUUCUUCUCCGAUGUUUUGUGUGUGUGUGUAUGCUAGUGUUUGCAAAUGACAAUGGAAGCUGAUCGCAUCUUAAUGGAGUUGGAGCUGAUUGAAGUAGAAAAACAGUUACUUUUAAUUAAAUUACUUAAACAAAAAGCUAGAAACCAGAGAAGGCGUCAAAGGAGAUGGUAUGUACGACCUGUGAACCAGACGAGACAGACGGAGGGCAAAUUUUCUGUGCUUGUCCAGCCCCUGAGAGACAUCGACGAAGAAAUGCAUUUCAGAUAUUUUCGCAUGUCUGCAGGUAGAUUUGACGAUUUGGUUCGUCGCGUAAAGCCGUUUAUUACACACCAGUGUACGCACAGUAUGCCGAUAGAUAUUACGCAGAGACUGGCAAUCACCCUUCGAGUUUUAGCUUCAGGUGGAAGCCAACAGGCUGUAGCGGCUAGCUACAAACUAGCCUCUAGCACAGUGUCUGUCAUAGUGUCUGAGAUCUGUAAAGAUUUGUGGAAAGCACUGCAGCAAGAAUUUAUUGUAUGCCCUUCAGUCGCUCAAUGGGAAAAUAUUGCUGCUGAUUUUUGGCGACUGUGGAACUUUCCGAACUGUGUUGGCAGCGUAGACGGAAAGCAUGUCAAAAUAAAAGCGCCACCACAUGCCGGGAGCGACUUUUUUAACUACAAAGGCGCUCACUCCAUUGUUCUGGUGGCCACAUGCGAUACCAGAUAUCACCAUGGUGGAUGUAGGGGGAUACGGACGAGAAAGUGAUGGUGGGAUCUUCAAGGAGAGUCGAUUUGGUUCUAUGCUGCUGGAACACGAAAUGAACCUACCCCCACCAGCCAAUCUUCCUGGGACAGGUGUAAUAAUUCCACAUGUGAUAGUUGGUGAUGCUGCAUUCCCCCUACACAACAACCUAAUGCGUCCCUUUCCAGCAGCUUUACAGGAGCAAAUAAGAAAAACACAGAAAGGGACGAACUUGCCCAGGGAAAAGAAGAUCUACAUUUACCGUCACUCCAGAGCCAGACGGGUGAUUGAGAAUGCUUUUGGCAUUUUGGUGGCUAGGUGGCAGAUCCUAGGAAGACACCUAGAGUGUCGGCCAGACAAAGCUGUCGACAUCGUCAAAGCAUGUUGUGUUUUACACAAAUUCCUGGCAUGCACCGAUGAGGUCAACACAGCUGUGAAUAGAUACAUCCUUGCAAAUUUCACAGACUCGGACACUACAGGGUCACCUCAGCUAGGAGAGUGGCGCAGGGUGGUGGCAGGGGACACUAAUGUAUUUGAACCUCUAGAUCCACGUAACCUUUCAAGGGCACGCUCCAGUAGAGCUGCAAUUGGUGUGCGCAAUGAUCUAAUGGCCUUCUUUCAAUCACCCAAUGGAAUUGUGUCAUGGCAGAACCAGAUUGUGUGCCGUGGUCAACUUGGUCAAUAAUUUGUGUUGAUGUAAAUGUAAAGAAGCUGUAAUUGACAUGUAAACAUAUUAAUAAAUACCUGUUAUGAAGUCAUACUAUUGUUCUUUAUUUCCAUCAACUACACAAUAUAACAAGUGCAAACUAGGGGUGUACUCAUUUACGCCGAGCACUGUAUAUACGUAGAUGUCAAAACUGGGUAUUGAAAUGAUAUUUUGUCAUGGACAACCUAUUAAUUGUUUAUUUAAAAAUGAAACGAAAUGAAACCAAGAUCUGGAAGUGUCAUAAUUUUGUUCUUUAUUUGCAAAAGAGUCAAUGAACAGAAUAUGUAAAAGUGCAAACUAUGUAUAGAGGAGUAUACAAUGCAAUAUUAACACAAAUAUAAAACUUACAAAAAAUUAGUAACAAUAAAAGGUAAGACAAAAAAUAAAACUAUGAAGCCAAUAAAGUGCAAAAGAUCGUGCACAGUGUUUAUAAAGUGCAAAGUUCUUAAUGUCUUUUGUUGACACUCAAAAAGGAGCUUGUACACGUCAAACAUGGCCUGUGACCUGUGCUCCUCUGGUACCCUUCGCAGCAUGUCAGCAACAGUGUUGCCAAACCGGGAACUUUCAUCGCUGUUUUGGCUCAGUCUUUGUUGGAGCUCGGCUCGCCGUUCUUCCAACUGUGACUCUAGCCUGGCAACUUGCACUUGCAUCCAAUCAUCUUUUUCUUUCCUGUUCCGUUUUUGUCCAUUCCUUGGGCUGGGGA